AUGGAUACUGUGAAACCGUUAAAUCACACAAGGGAUGUAUUCAAUUUGUAUGAAGUGGAGUAUGGUAUUGAUAGAGAAAAAUACCAACUCUUGAUUUAUGCUCAUGCAUACCUUAUAACUCCAUAUCCGGGAACUCUUGUUGUUGCAUGUGAUUCUCUGUAUGGUAAUGGACUGUUCCAUGCAUGGAGCAUGUUCGACAUUAUUGGACGUAGAUUAAGAAAUAUUGCUACUCACAGAUUCAUAACACACGAUGAAAGAGCAAACAUCAAAGAUGAGGCAGAUGAAAUUUAUCAAGCAUUGACAGCUUGUAUAAAAAUGCACAAAAAAAAUCUAAUGUUGAGUUUAUUGAGGAUUAACGAGUUAGGUGAAGUAGCCAGAUUUGGUGGUUAUGCACUCGGUCAAAUAUUACAUAUAUUCUUUCUCAGUUAUUAUGGUCAAAAAUUAAUAGAUGCUGGCGAAGAACUUAGUGAUUCGUUGUAA